CGUGCGUCUGACGUCAAGUAUCCAGAAAAUUCGAAAUGGCUGCACGCGGUAGGUGAGGCCCGAGCGAAGAAAAGUGGAAAAGAGUGUUAUUCGUCAAAAAACCCACACAACGACGGUCAUUUUUUCACCGUGCUAUUGUAAAAUUGUCUUUUAUCUGUGUUUUGUGUUCCGGGGGACCCCGACUCCAGAAUGUGAAAGUUUCCCGCGUGAAGCCGUGGAGCUCGAGAUCCUAUUUACUGUGGACUAGCUGAGUGUGACGCCCUGUUGUUUUUGUUUCCAUUAAAAAAAAAAGGAACAUGGAGUUGGGAUUUGCAAUCUGAGGCAGAGAAUGAGGAGCUGCCAGAAAAAAGGAACAGGAAGCCAGUCCAUCAUCUGAUGAUAGCGAGGAAGACCCGGGAAAUGGUGACCUCGCAUCUUUGGGGUUGGCAAGCCAAUUGCACAGGCAGACUCCACCGUCUCGCUGAGUGCCAGCAAGAGUCAUGAGUACUUGUCAACUCGACUCCUCAACUGGAGAUAACUUUCUAGCACCUCACCAUGGGGAAGGACGUAUUCAUAUGCCUUCACCAGCACCUGCAUUAAACAUGCAGAGAGUUACACAAGUUUUUACCACCUUGGGGCACCAUUCAGGGUGCCUUUUCAUCUGAUUAAAUUUAUAAUGAACAGGGACGUUGCGGUUGUCCCAAGUGGAUGGUAUGAUGAUAGGAUGGUUUUCUGGCCCAGCUAUAAAAACACAGACAGAAUUGAAAGGGCCGCUUUAAAUGAGGAGCAGCAUGAGCCAAACUGGCCAAGAUUUGACGUUUCUGUUGUCCGAACUUGUGACAACUACAAAGACGCAUUAAAAAUAAUGCAACAAUAUGGAAAGGGCUGCGACACCUCAGACCUGCAAUCUGAGGCAGAGAACGAGGAGCUGCCAGAAAAAAGGAACAGGAAGCCAGUCCAUCGUCUCGGGGACUCAGAUGAUAGCGAAGAAGACCCGGGAAAUAGUGACCUCGCAUCUCUGGGGUUGGCAAGCCAAUUGCACAGGCAGACUCCACCGUCUCGCCGAGUGCCAGUAAGAGUCAUGAGUACUUGUCAACUCGACUCCUCAACUGGAGAUAACUUUCUAGCACCUCACCAUGGGGAAGGACGCAUUCAUAUGCCUUCACCAGCACCUGCAUUAAACAUGCAGAGAGUUACACAAGGAACGGCAGUCCCUCCUCGACUCCCUCCACCCCCCUCACCAGCAGCCCUCAACAUGUGGCAGACAGAGGAGCCUGGAUCCAGCCUGGCCUACAGGCCAACAUGGCGAGGGGGAAGAAUGGCCGACAACAUUUCCUGCUCUGCGCCUGAGGUAAUCCACAUCCUUAGCCUGCUGGAAACUAUUAAGCACAACCAAGACCAGCUGAUUGCGAAGGUGCUGUGAGUAAAAAUGUGUUGACAAGGUCAGCCACGGACGCUGAGGUCACCAAACACGCCAUCAGGUGGUUCAACUUGGCGGGGGAUCGGGCAACGAGGAGACGAGUCCCGCUUCCGCCUCCUCAGGAG